AUUAAAUUCCCCUCCCCGCGAACUUUUUCCCCUCUUCUAUUGUCCUUUAUUUUUAUUAUUACUUGCCCUAUACUCCUCAAACUCGAAUUGUGUAUGGAUGGCUCCUAAAUCCGAUUCGGCGCGCACCUAAUCCCGCAAUCAUUGAUCCUCGCCGGGUUGGGCCAGGUCCUUCGCGCACCAGUUUCGCUGGAUUUGGUCUGAGGCGUAUUCCGUCGUUAUUGCGCCGAAUUUGGGCAGGAUUUUGGUUUUCUUCCUCGCAAUUCGGGGGCAGUUUCGCCCUGGUUCUCGGCGGCUCGAGGGUAUGGAGCCGCGGAGGUGGCUCGCGGCCGCUGUUUUGAUGUGCCUGCUAGUGCUUUGCGGCGGGAGAGAACUGAAGACCAAACAUGCGCCCAUAUAUGACCCAGCCCUUGCCCGGACGCUUGCUGAAUAUACUUCUGCUGUCUAUACUGCUGACCUGACCCAAUUGUUUACAUGGACGUGUGAAAGAUGUGGCGACUUAACGGAGGGGUUUGAGGUGAUAGAGCUGAUUGUUGAUGUGAAAAACUGUUUACAGGCAUAUGUUGGAUUUGCUAGAGAUAUGAAUGCAGUUAUAGUUGUGUUCAGGGGCACUCAAGAAAACAGCAUCCAGAAUUGGAUAGAGGACUUAUUUUGGAAACAACUUGAUCUCAACUACCCGGGCAUGCCUGAAGCAAAGGUUCACAGUGGAUUUUAUUCUGCUUACCAUAACACAACAUUGCGUGACGGAGUUGUCAGAGGUAUUCAAAAGACCAGGGAAGUCUAUGGUAAUAUUCCUAUCAUGGUCGCAGGACACUCCAUGGGAGGAGCUAUGGCUUCAUUUUGUGCCCUUGAUCUUGUUGUUAACUUUGGGUUAAAGGAUGUGAUUCUCAUGACAUUUGGACAACCUCGGAUUGGCAAUGCUGUUUUUGCUUCUAAUUUCAAAGGAUAUUUGCCAAAUGCAAUCCGAGUGACCAAUGCACACGACAUUGUGCCUCAUUUACCCCCAUACUACCGCUACUUCCCACAAAAGACAUACCACCAUUUUCCACGAGAAUUCCCUGUGUUGCUCUAUGAUCCCUAUUCUGAUAAAUUCAGAGGGGAUAUAGGAUGAAUGACUUUGCAGAUAGUUAUGUUUGGUCACGGAAAAUGUGCUGGUAGCAAUCUUCAUUUUAUAGGGUCUUGUCAGCUGUAUAUACAUGUAUAUAUCUCAACUCUUCAAAGCAUAGCAGCUGCAACUUGUAUAAAAGCAAACAUUUCUUACAAGGAAAUUGGAUUCUUCUUUUUUGUC